UUUAAUUCAAAAGCCCUUUUAGCUUCCAGACAUAAAAGUACUCCAGCUGCAGCGCCACCCCAUCCCCCGCCCGCCUCCAGUCCCCGAUCCAGGGCUUUCCCCCUUUGGCUCGGCCGAGAGAGGGUCGGGCUGACUGUCCGCAGCGCUGUCGCCCCUCACCGUCACUAGUUUCUACCUGGUCUCCGAGCUAGUCCGACCGUCCUGCCUGCCGAGACAGUGCCUCGCGUCCGUGACUUCAUUAGAGGAAGCGAGGGUUCAGUGCAAUUCUCCAAUCCCAACCUCCUCUUUGGAGGUCUGCUGCUGUUGAGCAGGAGUGCAGGGAGGGGGGAAGCAACUUUCCGUGCAGUCUUUCCCUGUAGCCUAGUCUCCUCCAGCAAGGCACGGACCUCCGGAAUUAGGUGUUGAGGGAAAGCUAAGAGAAUGAAGGCUGUAAAUCCGCAGUCGAAGCAUGGUGUGGCGGAGCAGAGCUGGUGCUGAACUGUUCUCUCCGAUGGCUCUAUGGGAGUGGAUAGCCCUGAGUCUUCAUUGCUGGGUUUUAGCAGUUGCUGCUGUCUCCGAUCAGCAUGCCACAAGCCCCUUCGACUGGCUCCUCUCUGAUAAGGGACCCUUCCAUCGCUCACAGGAAUACACAGAUUUUGUGGACAGAAGCCGGCAGGGAUUUAGCACAAGAUACAAGAUUUACAGAGAGUUUGGCCGCUGGAAAGUAAAUAACCUUGCAGUUGAGAGAAGAAAUUUCCUUGGCUCCCCUCUGCCUCUUGCCCCUGAAUUCUUCCGCAACAUAAGACUUUUGGGACGUCGACCUACCCUUCAGCAAAUCACAGAAAAUCUUAUCAAGAAAUAUGGGACUCAUUUCUUACUAUCUGCUACUCUGGGAGGAGAGGAGUCACUCACAAUUUUUGUGGACAAGCGGAAGCUGAGCAAGCGAUCUGACGGGGGUGAUUCCAGCACCAACAGCUCUUCUGUCUCUCUGGAAACCCUGCAUCAACUAGCUGCUUCCUACUUCAUUGACAGAGACAGCACCCUUCGGAGGCUUCACCACAUUCAAAUCGCAUCCACGGCCAUAAAGGUAACAGAAACACGGACGGGUCCUCUUGGCUGCAGUAACUAUGACAACCUAGAUUCGGUCAGUUCUGUUCUGGUUCAGAGUCCCGAGAAUAAGAUCCAGUUACAAGGGCUUCAAGUCCUCCUUCCAGACUAUCUUCAGGAACGUUUUGUCCAAGCAGCCUUGAGCUACAUCGCGUGCAAUUCAGAGGGAGAGUUUAUCUGCAAGGACAAUGACUGCUGGUGUCAUUGUGGCCCCCGAUUUCCAGAAUGCAACUGUCCCUCCAUGGACAUCCAAGCCAUGGAAGAGAAUCUCCUUCGUAUAACUGAAACCUGGAAAGCCUACAGUAGUGACUUUGAGGAAUCAGGUGAGAUGUAUAUUUCAUAUAAUAUUUUCAAUCUGAGACCAAAAACUGCUGAAAGCCCUAUCUUGUCAUUGUCCGAGAACACUAACAUUAUUGGAAAGAUUUCCAUUUUAAAUAUUGUUUAA